AUGUCGACUAUCCAGCAGGUCUUCGUAGCGUUCUGUAUCCUCAGCACCCUCGGCGUGUUUUCUUUGGAAAUGGGGCAGUGUGCGUUACAUUGGGAGAUCAAAAAGGAUCGCGCAGAUUGUACCAACUUUGGAGGUGCAAAGUACGAUUGUCCGCUUUCCUCCUGCACUAUCAAUAACAGUGCCGCAACGACCACCAAAGGCCAAAUCACAUUUCACAGAUGUGCAAUAUAUGACACUCCUUUCCAACAUUCAUUGAGUACGGGUUGGGAUCUUGACGUCCACGCCGAAAGUUUUGAUGCCUUCUACCAUGCACCACCGCAUGGCUAUCAACGCGGUAUGAGCUCCCCAUGGUUAGGUCAGUGA